GCCAGCUGCGGGGUCUCCACCUGAGCCGGCUCGCUUAAGGGGACGCCGGGGGCUCCGGCACGGGGCUGCCCGGCGGCAGCCGGCAUUGCGCUGCUGGCGCUGCGUGCGGCCGCUCAGCUCCGCGCUGGGCCCGGCGCGAAGGCAGGGCACGGCACGGCAGCAAUCUUGUGUAGUGCUUGGCUGAGCCCCUCUGGAGUGCUCCCUGUGCAAACGACGAUGAUCACGUUCAUGAACAACUCCGACAGUGAGGAUGAGCCCUGUAAUGAGAGAACAUCUCUGAUGUCUGCAGAGAGCCCUCCAGUACCUUCCUACCAAGAUGGUCUGCAAGCCUCAGAAACAAGGGAAGCACAGACACAUAGGAAGAGGCAAACAGGUAGCAGCCGUAACCCAAACAAUGUUGCUGAUGAGGAUGCGUCUAACUCGGAUGUUCGAGUGAGAGAGAGUGCCUUGGAAAACGAAGAGGAGGAACUGACUCUGAAAUAUGGAGCAAAGCAUGUAAUCAUGCUUUUUGUGCCUGUCACCCUUUGUAUGAUUGUUGUCGUCGCCACCAUAAAGUCAGUGCGCUUCUAUACGGAGAAAAACGGGCAGCUGAUCUACACCCCUUUCAGUGAGGAUACCCCAUCUGUGGGCCAGCGUCUCUUGAACUCGGUGUUGAACACUAUCAUAAUGAUCAGCGUCAUCGUCGUAAUGACUGUGUUCUUAGUUGUGCUUUAUAAAUACCGCUGCUACAAGUUCAUCCAUGGUUGGCUAAUCCUGUCCUCUUUUAUGUUGCUGUUCCUCUUCACCUACAUAUAUCUCGGUGAAGUGUUGAAGACAUACAAUGUGGCCAUGGAUUACCCCACGGUUAUCUUAAUCAUCUGGAAUUUUGGAGCUGUUGGAAUGAUUUGCAUCCACUGGAAAGGUCCCUUGCAGCUCCAGCAAGCAUAUCUCAUUAUGAUCAGUGCUCUGAUGGCACUAGUUUUUAUUAAAUACCUACCUGAGUGGUCAGCAUGGGUGAUUCUAGGUGCAAUCUCAAUUUAUGAUCUGAUUGCUGUUCUCUGUCCUAAGGGGCCACUGAGAAUGCUGGUAGAAACUGCACAGGAGAGAAACGAGCCCAUUUUUCCUGCAUUAAUAUAUUCCUCUGCCAUGAUAUGGACAGUUGGAAUGGCAAAACCAGACACAGCAGCAAAAGGACAAAGCCAACAGACAUGGAAUGCAGAAGAUGGAGGAGAGAACCACAGUAGCACUUCACAUUCAGACUCCCAGAUUUUGGACACAAGGAGCCCUGCUCCCAGCCAUCCCAUCACUUUAGAGGAAAUGGAAGAAGAGGAACGAGGUGUGAAACUGGGCCUUGGAGACUUCAUAUUUUACAGUGUGCUGGUUGGGAAAGCAGCUGCCACACCUAGUGGAGACUGGAAUACUACACUGGCCUGCUUUGUAGCCAUUCUCAUAGGUUUAUGUUUAACUCUCUUAUUACUGGCUGUUUUUAAGAAAGCACUUCCUGCUCUUCCCAUCUCCAUCACCUUCGGCUUGAUUUUUUACUUCUCGACAGACAACCUUGUGCGACCGUUCAUGGACACCCUGGCCUCCCACCAGCUGUAUAUUUAGAAGAAGUGGGAGUUGAAGAAUUCUUUUUAAGCUUUGCAGUGAAGUAUGGUACACUGUUUGGAAUAAGUCAUAACGUUUUUCACCUAGUGCCAUAUAUUUGUAAGGAAAACAGUAACUCUGUGACAUGAUGUGUACUAAGAAGCUAGCUACAUAUUAAGCUGAACUUUUUCACAGGACUCCUAACUCUCGGACUCCAUGGAAAGCCUGGCUCAUUGCAGAUGUCAGAGCAUUACUUAAAUGUUAUUUAAUGUGCAAACUGGCUCUCAUGAGCAAGGAAACCUGUAUGUAGUGUGGGGUACUGGAGAGAUGAAGGGUCUGAUCUGUGCUUCCAAAAGCUCAGGCGUUCUAGCCUUAGAAUUGCAGUCAAGUUUUGCUGUGCUCUGGAGUUGUCAGCAUUUCACACUUUUGAAGUGUUGUGUGCAUGUGUAGUAAAAGGCAGUCUUGCUUGUAAUUAGAAAAGCACAGCAGUAUGCAGAGAACAGAGCAGUGUGUCACACCUCAUUGUGAGCACUAAACUGAUGUGUGAUGCUGAACUUUAUAAGCUAGGCUGUGUAACUGCCCCAAUUGUCUCUUUGUUCUGAGCCUAGUGAGACAUGGCUGCCACGGUUCUAGGUGGGAUGUCAGCAGUAGGAUGUCUGAACAUCAGGCUUCUGUUUGAGUGCAUCCACCUGGGCAGCUAAUUGCUGAAGGCAGGGCUGACUGUUAAGCAGAUCAGAUCCUCAGCGUGGAAAUUGUUGCACAGCUCCCAGUAAAUCAGUUGACCUGUAACUUCUUGUGUGUAUCUUUGGUCUCAUUUCUGUACAUUGUCGUAGCUAUUUCAGAGGAGUACUUACCUUCCCUCUAUGAAGAGGUCCUCUGAUGCUGACUGAAGCUUGGUUUACCUAGUUUUUGGUACUGUUGUUUAAAGAGCUUUUAUUACAAAUUUUAAAAUAGCUAUUUAAUGUAAAAGGAACUCUUUUGAAAAUACUGUCAUAAUUUGUAUCAAAAUAUGGGGGUGCAAACACCAACCUGCUGUCACAUUACAUAAGGUACCACUAAUGCUGGAAAUGUUGACACAGCCUCAAGUGACUUCAUUAAAAAAAACAAAAAACAAAAAAAAAACCACAAAAACAAACAAAAAAAAUCACACUGCGUGUUGCCAGUAAAGAAAAACAGGUCUGACUCUCUCCUCACUAGUUAUUCCUUCCAGUUAUUACUUAAUCACUGUUUUCCUCCAGAUUUUAAAAACAUUUUAUUUCUACUCUGAGGGUCAUUUUUAGCAGUAGUUCUGUGAUUUCCUUUUUUCUUUUUACUUGAGAGUGUAACAAACAAGCUCUGUUUUCUUUGACAGCUGAUGAGUAUCAGUGUUUAAAAUUGUAACAUUAUGCAGGGCUUUUUGAACAAUGCAGUGUCACUGAGAGAUACAGAACUUCAGGUCUGAGAAUCCUUUUUAGAUAAGGCUUUGAAGUAUGCCUUUUUAAGAUAAUGUUUUUUCCAGUAGAUUUCUUCAAGCUAAUCUACUUUUUGAUAUUUUAACAAGAACAUCAGGUAGGUGCUUCAAACAAAUCUUUAAAAAGCACGUAAGGUGUUUUGAGUUGUGUGUCUUAGUUUGGACAAGUUUGUAAUUUUUGCUCUUGGUUUAGUUUGCUGUUCUUACUACUUACAAAUUGCAGACAACUAAUUAUUACUGAUAGCUAUUUUCCUUUGGAAACAAACUGUCUGCUUGUUUUUUAAGGUUUAUAUAAAUUAGUUGUUGUUUUUCUUUUUAAUGAAAACAGUUACGGGGCCAAAUCAAAAUACAAUCAUUUGCAAUCAUGAUUUUAUAUUUUAUACUGCAUGAUGUAGAUGAUGUGAAAUACUUUAUAUAUAAGAAAAAAUCCUGCUUGGCUUAACAUAUUGUAGCAUAUUGUUAGAAAUAAUUUAUUUUUCUGAAAUUAAGUUGAUAUAUGAAGGAAAGUGGGUGGAUCCUUCUCGCUGAAGUAUCAUUAAUAGAGCUUGAGUUCUAUGUAGAUUUGUGCUGGCCCCUGAGCAAAUUCUACAUAACUUAGAAAAUAAUUUAAAAGGUGACUGAGCAAUGGAUUCUGUCAGUGCAACUAAAUGUACUUGCUUGGUGAGUAAAGGGGUAUAUUAUGUGUGUAUAUACUGGAGUGGUUCUAACUGUGUAAAUGUUUAUAUGUAUUUACUAAUAUAUAUUCACUGUGAGUGUGUGUAUAUGUAUGUAUAUACACACAUACAAGAGUUUUAAAAUGGUGUUGAGUGAUCUGUCAUCUCAUUGGACAUUUUCACUUGUGUAUAAAAGUGAAGUUCUGUUCGUGUUGUUAGCAUUGCACGGGAUGGCACAGGAUUUAUGUUGUGCCCUUCAAAAAGGAUGAACUGUAGCCUAAGGGCUAUGUGAGGAAUGGGCUCAAUGAUCUUGCAACUUGAGUGAGUGUGUGUAUGUAUGUGUGUGUGUAGUUAAGUGCUUGUCUGUCUUUUCUGUGCACUCGCUGAUUUCACCUUGCUGCAUGCCCUGCUAAACUGCAGUCCGACCUUGGAGAAAUCCUAAAUACUAAUGUUGAUUUGCCUCCAUGAAAAUGUACAGCUGUCAGGUAGGUUAGGAUGAUAACUACCUUAAUGCAGGUGUCAUUCAACAGCUUGGAGUCCUAUAGGAGAUGUUAUGUGUUUGUAUUUUCCUACAUCUACCCUAUCAAACCUUCUUUCCAAUUUAGAAUGAGUGUUUCAUUGCAUCUGGACUAAAGCAUAGCUUGGCCAUAGAACAAUCCCUAAUGUGUAAGACUGAAGUAAUACCCAGGAACAAAAAUGCAGUGGUAAGUCUGUCUAAUGCUGGGGGAUAUGCAGCAUUUAGUGCCUUCCUUCCAUUUCUAUCAUAUUGCUACAGACUUUCUAUUAUUUCCCACUAAAUUCAAGAUGUUUGAAGUUGAUGUUGUCAGCUGCCAAGGAGUUAAGUGAAUAUGAACUGUUUAUUUUUUCCUUCAUGCAACUCAUUUGUUUGACAGGUGCCCAAGAGCACAUUUUUGGGAGGUGUCAGUGUUCAGUGCUAUUUAUCGCUCAGUAUUAAAAAGAUAAAAAUAAAUCCAGACUAUGAAGUGGAA